AUGUUUAUUUGAAUUAUGAAUACGACUUUAUUCUAAUGUAUAUUGUGAUAAACUCACUGCUGAGGUCAAUUGUUUAAAAAUUUGCCUAGAUGCCUAAAACAUUUGCACAGUAAUGUACAUUUCACUACUAAUGAUGUAACUUCUGUUACAGAGGUGCCAGCAAUAAGCUGAGCUUAUGAAACUUUCUUGACUUAAAGAGUUUAAAGUGCCUAAAGAGUUAAGCAUCAAAGAGUUUAAAGCUCACAUGCUGAGGAAUGUUGAACGCUCAGAGGCUUGGAUGUACCACCUGCUGAAGUGUCAGGGCAUGUUGAGGGUGUUCAUUUGUAUCAGAGGUAUUUCUGCUGGUCUGCGCUGUUCUUGCUGAGGUUGCUGUACAGUUCUGUGCAGAAGUGAAAAGUUCAUUACAAUAAAGUUUUUGUAAAUUUCAGACAGUCUAUUAGAGAUUUUGCAGGCAUGUGUUUCUCUAACUCCAUCUCUACACUCACUGAGCACUUUAUUAGGUACAUCUACCUUGUGUCUACACUCAUUGUCCAUCUUAUCAGCCCCACUGACCAUAUAGGAGCACUCUGUAGCUCUACAGUUACAGACUGUAGUCACCCUGGUCUUCAGUGGACAGGACCCCCACAGAGCAGACCAUCACACGUCCUCUGCUGUCGCCAUUGGCUGUGAUAUCGAGGCCUGAAAAAGCUCAAGCUGGCUUCCUAUUCGAAUUUUCCGUUCCACCUUAAUUGUGACUGCAGCGCCAUUUAAGGUGGAACGGAGAAUUCUAAUAAGACGCUGGCCAACGAGAGGCAAACUUCAACUCGUGCUUCUCUUCGGUCUGACUUCACCGUCCCCUUCCUCCUUCAGACGAAAAGUCUUUUGAGCCUCAGGAACCGAGGAGCUGCGACCUGAGCAACACAGAAACGCGCCUCGGCCGGCUUUAUGCCUUUUUGCGUGUUUGACUCGACAUUGAGGGAAAACCCGCCGGGUCUCUUGUCACCUUUCAUCAGCUGCCAAGCUCAGUUUGAGGCUCUGCGGCGAUGGAGGGGUCCGAAAGCUCAAUGAACCGAAUUGGUCGCACCAUUUGGACAGUCUGGGGUUUCCUCUCUGGGGCCGUGGGAAGAUAUCUGCGACCAGAGGUCACAAGCGAAGAUGACCACAGCAAACACGUUCAACAGGAAGAUGCAGUGGCAAAGAGUUACAAGGAGUUAAAGGAAAAUGAAGAAGAGCAAGAACGAAGUGCGGUACAAGCACAGGGCCAGAGUGAGAGACCCCAGAGUGGGGUCAGCGUGCGGACCGCCGCCGCUCAAUGGGAAAAGGGGAAGGUACGCAGGGAGCACAUGGGCAGACCCACUAGCAGUGGUGUGGUGUGGAGCACUGGGGUUCAGGAGAGACAGUCGGAGGACAAGAAAGCACAGGAGCAGCGGGAUAACAAGGACACAUCAGAAAACAAUGAGGCAGCCAGAACAAAUGAGCUUGUUGCAAGCGUUGACCAAGUUUGUCCACCUGUGUCCACUAAGGGCAGCCAAGACUUCAGUGUUUCUGCGAGUGAUAAGGAUGUAGAUGCUAGAAGGAGUGAAAAUGAGACUGAUGACAUGGUAAAGAGCGAACGUGCUAAUAGAGAAAGGGAAGCAAUGGAUGAGUCUGCUGAGAAAGGACAUUUUGCAGAUAUUGUAGAAGUCUCAGUAGAGAAGGAACCCACUGAUGACGAGGACACAAACGAUGAAGAUGAUGAAUGUACAUCACAGAUGGCAGAUGAUUUGGUAUCCUCAGCAAGGGAACAAGGAGACCUUUUGAACAAAGAACUCAAAGUGGUGGAAACGACUGAAAACAAGGCCACGGCGACACCAGAAAGGGAAGUGAUUGAUGUCAACAAUGUGAAAACAAAGCAAGAUGCUGUGGGAACAGUAAAAGAUAGGCAGCAUGAGACGUGUCAGCAGUUUAUUGAAACUAAAACUGUUGAUGUGUGUGAGUCACAGCUGGAUGAAGAACAGAUUAAAUUUACAGAGGAAAUAGUUCAGACUAAACAUGAACUUUUGGAGGAACCUGUGACAGGACAGAUUGAAAAUACAGAAACAUAUGAAGAAGAGCCAGAAUCAAUCAGCAAAAUUAUUGAAAAAAAGAUCCAAGCAGCACCAGAAAGGGAGCCAAUCAAUAAUAUUGAAGAAUGUGAAGCGAGGCAGCAGUUAAGUGAGUCCAAAGCAGCUGAAACUCUUGGCAUCUCUGCAUCAAAGCUGGUUGAAGACCAAACUGAGGGAAUUGAGACUGCAUAUAAAUUAUUGGAUGAGCCUGAUGGUCAGCAGUUCAGUGAAUCCAAAGCUUUUGACAUCUUUGAGUCAAAGCUGGAUGAAUCCCAGUUUGAGUUUACAGAGGGAACAGUUGAGACUAAGCAUGUACCUUUGGAGGAACCUGUGACAGGACAGAUUGACCAUGUAGAAGUCUAUGAAAAAGAACCAGAACCAUCCAGCAAAAUUAUUGAAAAGAAGGUGCUAGAAAGAGAAAUGGUUGAUGAGGAAGCAAAGCAAGUGGCUGCAGAUGGGCAGCAUGAACCAGGACAGCAGUUAAGCGAAUUCAUAGCUUCUGAAAUUGCUGACAAACUGGACAUCCAUGGGUCAAUGGUUGAAGCUCAACUUGGAGAAAGAGUGGAGGUUAAACGUGAACCUUUGGCGGAACCUGUGACAAGACAGGUUGAAAAUGCAGAGGUUUAUGAAGAAGAGCCAGAACCAAUUAGCCUAAUUAUUGAAACGAAGACACCAGAAAGAGAGGUGAUCAUCGAGGAACCAAAGCAAGAGACUGUGGGGACAGUGCAAGAUGGUCAGCAGUUCAGUGAAUCCAAAGCUUUUGACAUCUUUGGGUCAAACCAGGACAAAGCCCAGAUUGAGUUUCCAGAGGGAAUAGUCGAGACUAAACAUGGACCUUUGGAGGAACCUGUGACAGGACAGACUGAACAUGUAGAGGUUUAUGAAAAAGAACCAGAACCAGCCCCAGAACGAGAAGCGAUAAUGGAGGAAUCCAGGCAAGGGACGGUGGAAACAGCACCAGAUGAAGCGGGUCAGCAGUUUAGUGAUUCCAAACCUGCUGAAAUUGUUGUCUGUGAUUCAAAGCUGGAGGAAUUCACUGAGGAAAUGGUGGAGACUGAAUCUGAAUUGUUGGAGGAACAUGUAACAGAACAGAUGGACAACGCAGAACCUUUUGGACAAGACCUAGAACGCUUUAGUAAACGUAUUGAAAACAAGACAACACCAGAAAGAGAAGUAAUUGAUGCUGUCAAUGAGGAAACAAAGCAGGAGACAGUGGGAACGGUAAAGGAUGGACAGCAUGAAGCAGGUCAGAAGUUCAGUGAAUCUGAAGGUUUUGACAUCUUUGAGUCAAAGCUGGGUGGACCCCAGAUUGAAUUUACAGCGGAAACAGUCGAGACAACCCGUGAACCUUUGGAGGAACCUGUGACCGGACUGAUUGAACAUAUAGAAGUUUAUGAAAAAGAAUCAGAACCAGUCAGCACAAUUAAUGAAAACAAGGCACCAGAAGGAGAAAUGAUCAAUGUCAUCAUUGAGGGAACGAAGCAAGUGGCUGCAGAUGGGCAGCAUGAAGUAGGACUGCAGUUAAGUGAAUUCAUAGCUUCUGGAAUCGCUCACAAACUGGACGUCCAGAUUGAAUUUACAGAGGAAACAGUCAAGACUAAACAUGAACCUUUGGAGGAACCUGUGACAGGACUGAUUGAACAUGUAGAAGUUUAUGAAAAAGAGCCAAAACCAAUUAGUGGAAUUAUUGAAAGAGACGUGAUUAUCAAGGAACCAAAGCAAGAGACUGUGGGGACAGCACAAGAUGGUCAGCAGUUCAGUGAAUCCAAAGCUUUUGACAUCUUUGAGACAAAGCUGGACGAAACCUACACUGAAUUCACAGAGGAAAUAGUCGAGACAAUACAUGAACCUUUGAAGGAACCUGUGACAGGACAGAUUGAACAUGCAGAAAUAUAUAAAGAGGAUUCAGAGCCUAUUAGCAAAAUUGAAAAGAUGGCCCCAGAAAGAGAAGCAGUCAUUGCAGAAGCAAAGCAUGAGACUGUGGGAACAGCACCAGAUGAAGCAGAUCAGCAGUUCAGUGAAUCCAAAGCUGCUGAAAUUGUUGAUGUCUACAAGUCAACAUUGGAUGAAUGUACCGAGGAAGUACAAUUGUUGGAGGAACCUGUAACAGAACAGAUGGAAACUGUGGAACUUUUUGGACAAGACCAAGACAUCUGUGAGUCAGAGCCGGAAGCCCAAGUGCAAUUUACUGAGGAAAUAGUGGUGACUGAUUACAAAUUAUUGGAGGAACCUGUGAUGACUCGGAUGGAAAAUGCUGAAACUGAUGAAAAAGGGCUUCAAGCCAUCUGCAAAAUGGACCUAAUGGUGAAAGUGACAUCUGGAAAUGAGCAAGUGGAUGGUGGAACUGAUUUCUCAGCAUUUAUUGUGGAAGCAGAUCAAUUUAAACACUGUAAAGGGGAUAUAGAAGAAGAACCAGUCCUGAAAGCAGAAGUGGAGCUUGUAGAUGGCACAUCGCACAAUCUCAUUGGAUUGCAAGUAGCAGAGUUGGUGAUUAAGCAAGGCAGUGAGUCAGUAGAUACAGGGCCUGGAAACCAGACUGAAACCACUUCAGAAUUUCAACAGGUCAGAGGAGAAGUUGCAGCGGAUGAUGUGAAGAAAUCAGCAGAGAGAAGUUUUGGGCAGCUGACAGUUAGAGAAGCACUGGCUCUGCAGGAAACUAUGGGCCAGUCCAACCUUGAAGAAGAAUCUACGCAAGAAAAGUCAGAAGCACGAGUCAAUGAAAUGCAACGAGAAGCAAAAUCUUUAGAGCAAGACUAUGAAACCUCUGAUGUCAUGCCGAGGCCUUCGCUACAGGAACUAGACCAACCAGAGGACUCCUUUGCAGCACGUGCUGAGUUGAUAACAAACCAGAGUGUGGAAACAAAGGCCAAUGUUACUGAACCAAAAGUGGAAGUGCCGGAAACACAUAUUAAGCUAACAGCUCAGAGUGACCAGGGCACAACAGAAGUGAAAUGUGUGCGAGCAAAAUCAGAAAUCUAUGCAAAAACAGAAAGUGAAUCCUCUCUGACAGCAGUGGAGGCCUUGGAAACAUUCAGAACAUCAGCUUCUAUUCUGGAUGAAGGUCAGGUUCCAUUAAACCAUGGAGAAUGGACCAUGCAAGACAGAUCUGACGUUGAAACCGAAGUCCUGAUUGGAUACUCAGGGGCUUCAAGCCUACCAGAGAGUGAACCAAUGAAUCGGCAAAUGUCAGAGAUACGAAGGAGCAUGCAGAAAGACACUGACGAAGCCCUGGAGAUGCAGAGAGAUCCCGAUGAGGCCAAGAUUGGAUUGCAGGAUGAAAUAAAGGCCACGGUGACUUCGCUGGGAGUCGUGGAGGAAAUAACAAGUGGGCCGACCCAAAACUUCAAGGAAGCUCAGAGCUUAUCAAAUGAAGAUGUUCAGACCGAAACAAAGGAGAAGGAAAGUGAUGUGGAAACGUCAGACUGUACAGCCUUGCAGGUGCACAGUGAGUUUUCUAAGAAUACACUGGAGGACAGGAAACAUUCACAAGCAGAAACAAUGGACAUUGAAAGUGAGGCCUGCGGGGAGAACCCUCAGAAAUUGAAGAACGUAGAGCUCUUUGCCAAGGAAAAGAGUGGUCAAAAAGCCAAUGAUGAAGCAGAAGUAGACAGUAAUGCGAACAUACAGGAAAAAAGCAGACCUGCAUUGAAGAGAGGGUCAGAAAAAAUGACCAGGGAUGUAGAAGAUGAAUCGUCUAAGUCGAGGAGCUGGGCAACAACUGAUCUUUUACUUCAGCAGGUCUCAUCGUUGGACUGCACUGUCCAGAAGUCAAAAAUUGCAGUGAAAAACCCCCAUGUUCGACCACCCAAAGACCCCCGUACGCUCAUAAACAUGCCGUCCGUGGAGCCCCUGGCUCCUGCUCGCCCUCCUCAGCCCGGUCCUCUGAGGAGGACUCAUGGAGAAGCGGUCGCAACACCGCAGAAGGUCAUAGGGUUCAAACUGCCUGGUCUGGGUGCAGGUUUCCCGGCAUUGAGGAAAACUGAAGCUGGCAAAAAAAUGAGGGAUGAGGGGGAAACAGAGAGCCCACUCACCCAGACACAGAAAUCUGACACACAGACAGGACCAAAAGAGGACAGUGUCAAGCAAGAGCAGCCGGCUAACAAACCCAAAUGGACUCCACCAAGGCAUCCUGGGAUGGGAAACCCACUGAUGAUGUCAGAGCUGAGGAGCAAACUCAAAAAGCCUGGAAAAGACUGACAGAGAUCAGUGCAAGACAACGUCCCCUCUUCACAAGCGCCCUUCACUAUUUUUUUGUUCACUUUUCUUGCUGUUUGAUUCCAAAGUGCACCAUCUGAGGUGUUUGUUCUUCAAAGUGCAAUAUAAAAAUCUCCUUUUCUUACUA